UGUGACCUCAACAACUCUGAGGCGGCGCUUGCUCUUCCAGCGUGCUUCGAACCGUCACAAGGGGCGCCACGCAUACACACACACACCCCCCGCCCUUCAGCUGAACUGGCAAUCAAGGCGAGGCCGCAAAGCUGCUGCACCAGUUCCUGAUUUGCCACCAACGAGUUUACAGUUCUUACGUGCAGACGCAUGGCUGGACCAGGAACGAGCCACCAUGGGCUGCUGAACGUCAGGUCUAGACCCGGGGUCUCAGUAUCCAAGCUGGUGCGGGCUCGGCUUCUGCGAACAACAAAACAAAGCAGCGAGGGGGUUUUCGCGAAACGCCCCCUGCUCACUCUCCUCCCGGUGGUUGCGGUCCGCCACCGCCCGCUGCGAGGCCUAUGGCGGAAAUGUACCGGUGCGUGCCUGCGCGCGGCUGCAAGGCCUGCCACGAGGUCCCAAAGGCAAGGGCGCGGUGGCGCCGGGAAGGUUGCGUGCGCUACCGCCACCGAGGCGGGCCUUCAGCUGCGAUGAGGUAUUAUGCUUCGAGGCACUUGCCUGUGUCUCCCCUGGCUGCAGGUAAUCGACAGCAACAGCAGGCGGCAGGCUUCUCGAUUGGGACGCCCGUCCAAGGCUCCUACGGGGCUGUCUCCCAACUUGGUUUUCGCGAUCCAAACGUGUUGGCGGGAAUGGUAAUCUUUGUCGUUGGCACGCGGUGGUCGUCCUUGCUCGUCCGUCGUGUCGUCCAAACUUGCAGAGAAGCCUGUCCAGGUCGGACGAAAUAAACAAAAGAUGAGAGCAAUGACGCGACUGGCUGCACCGCCAGCUUCCAGGAUUUUGCCGCGCCAGGUGCCGUCAAAAUGAGCCACACCUGCUGGAGCUCUAGCCUGCCUAUCACCGCGCGAAUGACGUAUUGCAGCCUGGGCGCGAAGCCACAAUUCGACGCUGGCCUUUGACGGCAUCUAUUUCGCAACAUCAGGUUUUUGGGCAUAUUCACGUGUGGUUAUUCUAUCAUAUAAUCACAGCUUAUCGCCGCCGCGCUUGACAUAGUUUGAUCUAGCUUUCCCAAUCUAGGGAAGCUGAGUCCACGACGCCUUGUAAUUGUGCGAAUCACAUCACGCCUCCUUGCAUCGCAACCGAUCUCGCCAAUUCCCCUCACCGAAACCAAGAAACUCUAUCAGUCCCAGUCAAACACCAUGGAAGGCGUAAAAAAGACGUACAACGAGCAGUACGAGAAGUGGGUCCCAUGGCUGGAGGACAUCUUCCUGCGGUACUUUACCAAGGACAACAAGGCCUCUUACACGGCCAAAGAUAACCUCAGCAAAACCAAGGUUACGGGCGUCAAGGAGGUUGACACCCUCCAGGACGGCGUCAACAACACCGUCGGCGACCAGCUGGGCCAGGAGGGGCUCGCCCGCCCCGUCGGCGACCUGGUCUCCAAGGAGGGCCUCAACCGGUUCGAGCGCCAGGGCAAGGACGAGCAGGGCCGGUACGUCGGGCCCUCGACUGUGACGCAGGCCGGCCAGUCCGUCGCCGGCGCGGCCAAGACGGGCGCCGAGUCUGUUGGCGGCGCCGUCGGUGGCUUGUUUGGAGGCUCCGGCUCAAAUAAGUGAUUCUAUCAGAGGGGUGUCGGAAAGUUUUAGCUUCUGUUCUCGGAUGCAUCCGGUUGUUUUACUAAGCUCUGUAAUAUCAUAUGUAUAUGUCUUUUGUCUGUCUUCCUUCUAGCUGGCAGCUUCAUCUAACAAUUCUUCCGGCCUCUUUUAUAAAAUCGACUUCACAAUGCCCGUUGGAUAAAUAAAUGAUUCCUUACA